ACGUUCUUUAGUAAGGCUCCCCCCUGACCUUGCUUGCUGGCAACAACGAAGUACCGGGAACUACCUAUAGUACCUAGGACAUGGAAUUCUAAGGAAAUGACAACAUUGGGGGUCUCUGCCAUUGACGUUAUAAGUAAAAACAAGUACUACAAAUCAUGAAAAGUUUCCAGCUCCUUUUACCAGUAGUACGCAUCAGAAGAGUGCUUGACGUUAGAAUAUCAAGAUGUUACUCUGUGUCAAAGAAAGACACGUCACAUCCCAUAGCUUCUGCCUACAGCCCAAAAGCCGUCGAGAGCGGCUGGUACAAGUGGUGGGAGGAAAAUGGGUUUUUCCGUAGGAGUGACGCACAAGAAAAGUUUGUUAUGAUUUUACCGCCCCCCAACAUCACAGGACACCUGCACUUGGGGCAUGCACUGACCUGUGCGGUACAAGAUGUGUUAGCAAGAUGGCACCAGAUGAACGGAAAGCAAGUGGUUUGGGUGCCUGGGUGCGACCACGCAGGCAUCGCAACUCAGGUUGUUGUGGAGCGGCACCUUUGGGCGACAAAGCAGCUGACAAGGCAUCAGCUGGGAAGAGAAAAGUUUGUUGAUGAAAUUCUGCAGUGGAAAGAACAGAAGGGAACAAAGAUUUAUGACCAGAUGAGACGUUUAGGAGUGUCCCUUGACUGGGAUUGGGCUGUUUAUACGAUGGACGAGGAAAUGUGCAAGUCGGUCAGUGAGGCCUUCAUCAAAUUAUUCAAUGCGGGGCUGGUGUACAGGAAGAUGUCGUUGGUGAACUGGUGCUGUGAACUGCAAUCUGCAAUAUCGAACAUUGAGGUGGAGCACCUGGAAUUAGAGGGACCAACAGACUUACGCGUUCCUGGUUAUGAUCGACCCGUCACAUUUGGAAAGAUAUACGAUUUUGCUUACGAGGUUUGUGAAUCUGAUGAGGUUAUAGUCGUGAGCACCACAAGACCUGAGACCAUGCUUGGUGAUACUGCCAUCAUGGUCAAUCCAGAAGACGGCCGAUAUAAGCAUCUCGUCGGAAGGAGAGCCUACCACCCUUUUCGUCAGGAGGAAAUGAGGAUCAUUGCAGAUUCGCGUGUUAAUCCCGAGUUCGGCACAGGUGCGGUGAAAGUUACCCCAGCUCACAGUGCCGAGGAUUACGAGGUUGGAACGAGGCACAAUCUGGCUCAGAUAACCAUUUUUGAUGAGCAGGGAAGGAUUAAUAUGUCUGAAUUCAAGGGCCAGCCGAGGUUCACGGCCCGUGACUCAAUCCUAGAGGCCCUCAGACAACUGGGACUGUACCGUGGUUGCAGACCGCAUGCCAUGGUCAUUCCCGUUUGCAGCAGGACCAAUGACGUCAUCGAACCACUUCUGAAACCCCAAUGGUAUGUGAGCAUGACAGAACUGGCUAAGGAAGCAGUAGCUGCUGUAGAAAGCGGAGAGUUGGAGAUUUACCCUGAAAACUACAAAGCCGUGUGGCACGAGUGGUUAGGCAAAAACAUGCAGGAUUGGUGCAUCUCCCGGCAGCUGUGGUGGGGUCACAGGGUGCCAGCUUAUUGCAUAGAGGUGGAUGGAUCAGAGGAAGUGUGGAUUGCAGCUUCUUCUGAUGAAGAAGCCAAACAAAAGUUUUUGGUAAAAUCUGGAUUACCAGAAGCAAAGAUUAAGAGCAUCAAGCAAGAUGAGGAUGUCUUGGACACGUGGUUCUCAUCCGGACUGCUUCCAUUCGCCGCGUUUGGCUGGCCUCAGAAUACGCAGGAUUUUAACCACCUGUACCCCACAUCUCUCUUGGAAACCGGCCACGAUAUUCUUUUCUUCUGGGUUGGCCGAAUGGUUAUGCUUGGGCUACAGUUGACGGGAAAACUGCCUUUCAAGACAGUUUUACUUCAUGGACUAAUACACGACGCACAAGGUCAGAAGAUGUCAAAAUCGAAAGGCAAUGUCAUCGACCCAAUGGAUGUCAUCAAUGGAGCUUCUCUAGAGCUGCUUCAGGACCGCAUAGCCGAGAGUGAAAGUCAGGGAGUCCUUACGAGACCAGACGCAGAACAAGCAUACAAAAAUCAAGUAUCCUCCUAUCCCAAAGGAAUUCCCGAGUGCGGCGCUGAUGCUCUGCGACUGUCUCUGGUUUCGUACAGCUUGGAAAAUCAGUUCAUUGCAGUGGAUAUCAGCAGAAUGGAGCAGCACAGAUUUCUCGGCAACAAGAUCUGGCAAGUGAUGCGAUUUCUCCUGUCUGCCUUGAAUGAAGCCCCUGAUGGGUGCUGUAGUCAUGUUACCUUCUCGCAGAAUGACAGCCUGCAAGUAAUGGACCGGUGGAUACUGAGCCAGCUGUCUCACCUCGUUAGCAGCGCAGAAAAAACAUUCCGACCUUCCACUUUCAAUCGUGUCGUUGCACAUUUUGAGUAUUUCUGGUACAAGUGCCUUUGUGAUGUUUAUCUGGAGAGUAUAAAGCCCGUUUUGAAAUCAAGAGAAGCGCCCCUCCAGAUUCUCUGGACGUGUAUGGACGUAUGUCUUCGUCUCUUGUCUCCUUUUAUGCCAUUCUUGACUGAAGAGCUCUACCAGAGGCUGCCACAGCAUUGUGAAAAAAGGGACAGCAUUCUGCAGUGUCAUUGUCCACAACAAGAUGAGUGGGACUGUUGGCAAAACAAGCAUUUGGAGGUUCAGGUAAAGAUGCUACUUGAAGCCGUCUCAGCCUUGCGAUCUCUGAAAAGUGCUUACGGCGUUGACAGUCGUCAGCGUAAGGAAGUCCAAGGUAGCAUUCUGAGUGAGGAUCAGAGUACGACAUCAUUUCUCGAAGAAACGGCUCCUGUGGUGGAAACACUUGCUCGCAUCGGUUCAUUUGUUGUUCACAAACAAUCGUCCAAACCUCCAGCUGCGUCAGCUGUUAGUACGAUUUCAGAUAAAACCAGAGUUUACCUUCAUCUUGAGGGUCUGAUUGACCCUGCACUGGAACUGCAAAGGCUGGAGAAGAAGCUGUCAAAACUGAAGAAGUCUGAGAGCGACAUUUGAAGAAAAUGUCACAUAAGCGUUACAAGCAGAAGACUUCCUAUCUGCGCAGGAGUCCCUAGAAGCAAAGUUGACGAAGAUACAGAAGGAGAUGGAGCAGAUUGCAGUCCUUGCACGAACAAUUGAGGAGUUAUAGCUUACUCCUUCUUCCUCUCAGUGUUUGUAUUCGACAUACCUCAAGUAUAUGUACUUCAGUCCUGUAAAUAUUUGAAUUGAAUGUUACAAACCCUUUGUGUAUGAAUGACUUGUAUGCCCAUGGAAUUGCAGAAUCUUCAUACCUUCAUCCCCAAGU